AGAAGACGGUUCAUUUGGCCGCCUAGUGAACGAUGAACACAGACAUCCAAAUUGCCGGAUGAAAAAAAUUGAGGUGGAGGGAAGCCCAUACUUGUGUCUUUUUGCUCUAAAAGACAUAAAAGAAGGUGAAGAAAUAACUUACGACUACGGAGGCAAUGACUGCCCGUGACGAAUGCAGAUGUGUCCACAGGACAGUCCUCAACAGAUGACAUUGUGUGCCCUGGAUAUUCAUCCUACAAAGACGUCCCAUCCUCUUGCCGUGUCUGAGAAACAGAUGGAAGCAGAUUCGUGUCCACAGGACAGUCCUCAACAGAUGACCUUGUGUGCCCUGGAUAUUCAUCCUACAAAGACGUCCCAUCCUCUUGCCGUGUCUGAGAAACAGAUGGAAGCAGCUUCGUGUCCACAGGACAGUCCUCAACAGAUGACCUUGUGUGCCCUGGAUAUUCAUCCUACAAAGACGUCCCAUCCUCUUGCCGUGUCUGAGAAACAGAUGGAAGCAGCUUCGUGUCCACAGGACAGUCCUCAACAGAUGACAUUGUGUGCCCUGGAUAUUCAUCCUACAAAGACGUCCCAUCCUCUUGCCGUUUCUGAGAAACCGAUGGAAGCAGCUUUGUGUCCACAGGACAGUCAUCAACAGAUGAUAUUGUGUGCCCUGGAUAUUCAUCCUACAAAGACGUCCCAUCCUCUUGCCGUGUCUGAGAAACAGAUGGAAGCAGCUUCGUGUCCACAGGACAGUCCUCAACAGAUGACAUUGUGUGCCCUGGAUAUUCAUCCUACAAAGACGUCCCAUCCUCUUGCCGUGUCUGAGAAACAGAUGGAAGCAGCUUCGUGUCCACAGGACAGUCCUCAACAGAUGACAUUGUGUGCCCUGGAUAUUCAUCCUACAAAGACGUCCCAUCCUCUUGCCGUGUCUGAGAAACAGAUGGAAGCAGCUUCGUGUCCACAGGACAGUCCUCAACAGAGUCUGGAGGACUUCCAUAAUGAGAAUGAAGAAAUUGUACCAAGACUAUGACGGACAAAAAGCAUUAUGAAUGACAUAUUUCCUGAAGACACAGAACUGUAUGAUACCACAUCAUCAGUCAGUGGAGAUGAAGACGAGUAUGUUCCUGAUUCUGACCCGGACACUGACAGUGAUUCUACUUUUGACCUCACUCCAAGAAAAAAAAGACUUCUUCAUUCUCGUCUAAACCUUGGCUCAGAUAUGCCUUAUGAAUGUGACACCACAACACCUGGAUUGGACACCCACUCUGUUGCAUCUGAAUCCUCUGUAGAGGAAGAACCCUGCCCUGAACUUGGUGUAGAGGAAGAACCCUGCACAAAUCAGCGAACCAAUGAUCGUCUAGUAGUUGGUGCUCACCAAAAUAAAAAUGUCAAGAGAUGCUACGAUAAGAGACACUAUUGUUUGUAUUGCAAAAAGCCAUAUGCAAAUAUGAGCAUACUGUCUGUCUGCC